AUGGACAUACGAAAGUGGCUAGACGAGACAGUGCAACCGGAAGCACCGCGCGAGCCCAAUAACCUUCAUCAGACCGCAGAGCCUGCUAAACGGAAGCGCCGCCGCAGAUCAGACAGCUCCCUCCUCGAUCCCCGUCCACUUGCAUCCUCUCCGCAUAAGCCAGCGGAGGAUAGUGCUGACGAGGCGCUCCAGGCGACAUGCAGCGACAGCUCUAGCAGCAGUCGAUAUGCGCGCAAACCUCGUAGAAAGACGCGUCCAGAGCGGUAUGAGCCACAGUAUCCGCCAGGUCCCCAUGCCCAUCGCGAUCGUAAGGACAAAUCAAAGAAGUCGCGACGCAAGCCUCGACGCAAGAACGGCGAGAAGGCACCUGGUGUCAUGCAGACCUUCCAGGCCACAAACGUAUCUGGGGAUCGGCUGACCUUGAAGCCACGGGAGCAGCUAGGCCUCUUCAACAAGGGACGAACAUCUACUGCAAUCAAGGGUCGCGGAUUGCCCGAUCUGGUCUUCUCGGAAAUGAAGUUCUUGCAGCAGCACAAAGACGAACCAGAGCCUGUCCCUCGAACCGACGCGUCCAAAAAGAAACGCAAGAAGGACAAUGAACAGAUGAAGGAAGGAGAGAUCUCCGCUUUCUUUACCUCAGCACGACCGGCAUUAGUUGACAAGGACACAAACACUCUACCGCAGCUUCCUGUACCAAAAGCUAAGCGGCGUCGUCGUGAUCAAUCCUCGGUAGAUGACACUGCUAUCCCAACUGUUGAGGCUACAGGCCAAGCCUUGUAUCUAGGUUUUGGAGGUAGAGGCCCUCGCCAUGAAACACGGCGCCAGCACGCCCUCACAUAUCUCACAUACGUACCAGUUCGCGCGACCUAG